AUGGCUGAACCCUCUUCGGCAGCCCCAGCUGCCGCAGCUGCUUUGAAAAUGCUGAAGGUUAAGUGCUCGCUUGAGGAUUGUCCAGUAUUUUUUCUUCGGCAGGGAAGCAGGCUGCCGCUUUGUGCUGGCCAUAGCAUUGCGAGAGAUGGCAUGUACCAGCAGGCUUCGCGUUCUAGGAACAAAGAGCUCGUGGACACCUUACUAAAGAUGGAGAAGGAAAACCUUCCGGAGUUUUUGGAACAUUUGAGAGAUUUUGCACGACAGUGCCCCAAUCCUGGGAGAGGAUGCAGGCGCAAGGAGUUUGACUUUGCAAAGAUCUUUUCUUUCCAGAAGUCCGGAACAUUGAACCGUGACAACCGCAAGAAGCGGCCGAUGUGCAAAGCGGAUUUCAUUAAGUACAAGACUAGCGAAUGCCCAUCUUACGAGAGAGUGAACACGGACACAGCGGAGCAGCAAUGGAACAAGCUCUUUGUGUCACCGAACAUGCGAAAAGAUCAGGUAGAAGCGUGCUCUGAGAGGGGGGAAUCGAUUGGAAAGGUCUGGAGGUUGUGGAUUCCCAUCGGGGAGUCGGAAGUAUCUUCUAAGUACGAGGACUACGGAGUGCAGCAACAGAUUGGAGACAAUGCAUCCAAACCAUCCGAAAGUGAAGUGUCUCUCCAAAGGGAGAAAGCAGAGGGUCUGCUGAAGUCUUGCCUUUUGGACGAUGAUGGUGGUGCGCCCGCGUCUUUGCUGUCCACAGCCCUUCCAGGGCCCAGUGGUGCCAAUGCCAGAGUGGCAGCUCAGGCCGCGGCGAAGGCAGUCCCAAAGGCAAAAGCAGCCGCCAGAGGCAACCCGGUUGUCCUUGCCGCUACCAUGAGGGCAAAAUCGGUGAAAGAGUUUCGAGAAGUUGGUAAGCUUUUGGAAAGGAGCAUGGGCAUGGCUGAAGAUGUUUUGGCCAAAGAUGCCAUGAAGGUUCAUGCUCACUCGCAAGAUGCGGUGGACAAAGACUACACUCUGAGUCUGCUUCGUGAUCGGAUGAAGCUAGGACAGCUGGCGUACGAUCAAACUACUGGUGGGCCAUCUAGCUUGCAGCUGAGCAAACAAUUGUUCUCUGAAUGCUUGGAAGACCCCUAUCUCAAGGACUUGUCCACAACUUUCCUCACUACAGAGGCCGGUUGCAUGACCUACGGCCGCAUCAUGUUUUUGAGGAACACCGCCUUAGACCUUCAGUCAUCCGUAGAGGCUGUGCGUGAAAUGUGUGACAACAUGAAGAAUGCCAUGGGUCUGCUCAAAAAGAUUGCUGGAGCAAUCCAGUCAGAAGCAGAAGCAUGGCGUAGCAACGUGGCUAUGCUUCACAAAGCAAGGGUUGCCGAGGAAGCUGCAAACAGGAAGGCCGACGAGAAAAUCAGAAAAUCUGAAGCGUUGAAGGCGAAGAGAGAGGAAGAGAAGAAAAAGAAGCUCGCAGAUAAGGCUGCACAGAAAGCCGCUGCCGCUGCUGCCAAAGCGGCUGAGGCAGAGGCAGAGGCUGAAGAUGGCGACGAAGCUGAUGGUUUUGAAGGAGAUGCGGGCAUCACCUGCGACGACACCCUUUGCGACAUUCCUGACGGUGGACGAGUUUGUCGGGGUAGUUUCCAGGAUGCCGAUGCUGCCAGCAUGUCUCCGGUUCAAGAAGGGCUGAAGAAAGCAUUGCAAGCUUCUGACAUGUCAGCGUCUUCGGUCACUGGGCUGUCCAAGAUGCUUACCAGCGAUGGAGCUAAUUUUCUGACUGAGUGUGAAAAGGCCUUUGGAGAUGGCCAGGAGCGAGUCUCCAAGGUAUCGCCUGGGCCAGCUGAGUAUCUAGGGUUCGAUGUGAAGUGCAACGUCGCCAUUCAGGGCGAGGCCUCGCAUACUUCUGCAGUGGUCUUGAGCCGUGAAUUCGUGGCUGAAAAGUUGGCCGAGAAAGCCGCGGCUCUGGGCUGCUCCACAGAUGAGAAGACUAAGGUUGUGAACCGCAUUGAGGGCGUCCAAUGGGCAGGGUUCAAGCAAGGUGCUUGCUACUCCGGGCACCUUCCAGAGGGCCUCGGGUCUUUCGCCUAUCAAGUUGAAGGUCAACGGCUUCUUGUGGUGGCAGACCUUGUGGAACUUCUUGAGGUUGCAAAGCCUGAUGUGUUCCAAUCUUUGACGGAAGGUGGCAUGCACCUAACAGCAGAGCAGAGUUUCAGCAUGCUACAGGACCUGGCCGAUUUCUUGAUGAAAGUCACUGCAGACAGCCUUGCAACAUUCAACGCAGAAGGUCAGUUGGCCUCUUUCCGCUACUUGUAUGUGAUUGCCGGGGAUUGCCUUUACUUACCCCAUGGGUCGCUUGUAUGUGAAAAAGCGACCGGUUCCCACAACACGAGCAUCAGGGUCGCAUCAAUGCUCGUCACGAAGCACCAUCGGAUGGCAUUGGAUUUUAUGAAAACCGUGUACCCAAUGUCCCCGAUUUGCAACGUCUUCUCGAGUUUGGCUUCAGAGGCAUUUGAUGCAGAUGAUGAUGGUGCUGCAAAUCGUGAGCCUGAUGUCAAAGUAGAGCGAGAUCGAGAGUCAGAUGCAUCUGAUGGCGAUGGUGUGUGGUCUGCUGGGCCAGACGAAGAACUUCCAGCUCCUUUGCAAGAUCUACCAGAAACUCAGGUUGAGGCACUGACUGGCCCCCCAACAGAGGCUGGGCAUGAUGGCUUGACGGCAGGGCCAAAUCUGCAAGCAGAACAGGAUCUACCAGAAACUCAGGUUGUGCAAGCAGAACAGGAAAGCAAUCUCAGACAAGAGAACAAAGAGUCAGCAGACCAAGCGCUACCACAGGUAGAGGAGCCACCGAAGGAGAACGAUGCCAGCCACGAACAAGACGAACUACCACCAGUCUCAGUCCUGGCUGCUGAAGGAAAGGAGCUUCCCAUCGAGCCAGAAGCGGAGAAGAAUGCGGUUGAUACCAACCCCGAGCCAGCACAGAUGGCGCCGGACAUGAGUCCAAAGGAGAAUGGUCAGGGUCAGGAACCAGUGCAGACAGACAUGAAGCCUGACUUCGGGAGCCUAUCGGUGAAGGACAAGAUUGAUGCCUCGCCGAUUCUGCCUCGGGCACCCUUCGUCCCUUGCAGCAAUGGUAUCACAAGCGCCGGGGGGGAAAUCGACAGGAGUGAUGGAAUGGACGUGGAGGGGGAAGAUGCAGCUGGAGAUGCAAAAGGCGAUGAUGGACGUGAUGCUGAUGCAGUGGAAUCACAAGCCGGAAUGGAGGAGGAAGAUGAGAAUGACGAUGAGUCUGAGGAGCCCCCCCGGCCAAAGCGCAAAGCAGGCGCGAUGGAAGAUGAAGGCAAGAAGUCAAAGAAGGACAAAAAAGACAAGAAGGAUAAGGACAAAGCAAAGAAAGCAAAGAAAGACAAGAAGGAGAAGGAAAAGGUUGAAAAGGCGCUGUCGAAGGCAAAGGCGGCAGCGAAGGCAACCCCAAAGGCCAAAGUCAAGGCGGCGGCAGCAAAGGCAAAGGCGAAAGGAAAAGAGUCGGAUUCAGCAUCCAUCACGUUCACGCCUGGUGUCGCAAAGGGGCGCUUGACAAGCAUGCUGAUGCCCAAGGGGGGCAAGGCCAAGUGA